UCGUUACUUCUUUGGUCGGUCGACAGAUGAAAACAUGGCGGCGAUCAGUAAAUACUUUACAGCUAAGAACUGCACUGUAGCAGGCGCUACAAUCGUUGCCUUGUAUCUUCUCAAGAGGAAAAGACAUGCUGACAAGAUAAAUGGGGUGAAAAGAUCAUCCGAACUACAGUUGAGCAAAGAUGAGGCCAAGAAGGAAAGGACGGUGGUGGACAAGGUGUUCUUUGCACGUAUCCUGAAGAUAGUGAAGAUCAUGGUUCCUGGAGUGUUCUGCAAAGAGUCAGGAUACUGUCUCCUCAUCGCUGCCAUGCUGGUGGCCAGAACCUACUGUGAUGUGUGGAUGAUCCAGAAUGGCACCAUGAUCGAGAGUGCAAUUAUUGGUCGUUCAACAAAAGAUUUCAAGAGACUCUUGUUCAACUUUAUAAAAGUCAUGCCAUUUAUCUCUCUGGUUAACAACUUCCUCAAGCUGGGUUUGAAUGAACUGAAGCUCUGUUGCCGGGUUCGACUCACCAAGCACCUCUAUGAUGAGUACCUACAAGGUUACACGUACUAUAAGAUUGGUAACCUGGACAACCGCAUCGGUAACCCCGACCAGCUGUUGACCCAGGACGUUGAGAGGUUCUGUAACAGUGUAGUGGACCUCUACUCCAACAUCAGCAAGCCUCUAUUGGACAUUGGUCUGUACAUCUUCAAGUUGACAUCGGCCAUCGGGCCACAGGGUCCUGCCUGUAUGAUAGGCUACCUGGUGUUCUCUGGGCUCAUCCUGACACGUCUGCGGCGGCCCAUCGGCAAGAUGACGGUGAUGGAGCAGAGAUACGAGGGAGAGUACCGAUUCGUCAACUCACGCCUAAUCACCAACAGUGAAGAAAUUGCCUUCUACAAUGGAAACCUGAGGGAGAAACAGACCAUUCACUCUACCUUCCAGAGACUGGUGGAUCAUUUGCACAAUUUCAUUGUCUUCCGCUUUUCAACUGGUUUCGUGGACAGCAUCAUUGCAAAAUAUAUUGCCACUGUUGUGGGGUACCUGGUGGUGAGCAGGCCGUUCCUGAACCACACCCACCCACGCCACCUACGCAGUACCCACGCUGAGCUGCUAGAGGACUAUUACCAGAGUGGGCGUAUGUUGCUGAGCAUGUCUCAGGCCCUGGGCAGAAUUGUCCUGGCUGGCAGAGAGAUGAGCAGGCUCUCUGGGUUCACAGCUCGCAUCACCGAGAUCAUGAAAGUCCUGAAAGAGCUGAACUCUGGGAAAUACGAGAGGACCAUGGUCUCUCAACAGGGAGGAAGAGAUGGUGAAUUACAAGAUAGAAUCACCUUGGUCCCAGGAAGUGGUGAAAUCAUCCACAAAGACAAGAUUAUUAAGUUUGAGCAUACACCCCUUGCAACACCCAAUGGGGACAUUCUUAUUAAAGACCUCAGCUUUGAGGUGACGUCAGGGACAAACGUCUUGGUGUGUGGCCCCAACGGCUGUGGGAAGAGCUCACUCUUCAGAGUCCUGGGAGAGCUCUGGCCUCUGUUUGGUGGCCGUCUCACCAAACCUGAGCGAGGGAAACUCUUCUAUGUUCCCCAGAGGCCAUACAUGACCCUGGGCUCUCUGAGGGAUCAGGUGAUCUACCCAGAUACAGUGGAGGACCAGAGGAGGAAGGGCACCUUUGAUAAGGUGCUGAAGGAGUACCUGGACAACGUCCAGCUUGGUCACAUCCUGGAGCGGGAGGGCAGCUGGGACACGGUCCAGGACUGGAUGGACGUCCUCAGUGGAGGAGAGAAACAGAGGAUGGCUAUGGCCCGUCUGUUCUACCACAAGCCCCAGUUUGCCAUUCUGGAUGAGUGCACCAGUGCUGUGAGUGUAGAUGUGGAGGACUUCAUCUACAGCCACUGUAGGACGGUGGGCAUCACGUUGUUCACAGUUUCUCACAGGAAGUCUUUGUGGAAGCACCAUGAGUACUACCUGCACAUGGACGGAAGGGGAAACUAUGAGUUUAAAGCCAUCACCCAGGAAACAAUUGCGUUUGGGUCAUAACGACCUCACCACAGCUAAUUAUUGCUCACAUAGAUGGUCCUAAGUAAUUCUGCACUACAUGAAGCAUAGGGAACAGAGAAGUCAAGUCCUAACAUAUUAAAAUGUUAUGCAACGGUAUGAAGACUGGGAGCUCAAUGUCAAGAGAGAAAUAGCUAAACCUAUAUUAGAUUAAAGGUAGAGUCCACAACAUGACAUCAUACACAGCAGGGUACACUUCCUGCUUGCAGAAAUAAACAAAACAAUGGAAUUCUGCCAAGACUGACUGUAUUGGCUCUUCCUGAGGGCAGAUUGAAUUCUGCCAAGACUGACCGUAUUGGCUCUUCCUGAGGGCAGAUUGAAUUCUGCCAAGACUGACUGUAUUGGCUCUUCCUGAGGGCAGAUUGAAUUCUGUUUAGAACUGGAAGCCGCCCCGCUGUGUAUGAUGUCAUAUUGCAGAGUCUACCUUUAAGGAUGUGCGUGUAGUGAGUUUUAAUUGUAUAUGACGCAAAUAAUGUACUAAGAAAACUAGCCUUACCGAUUGUAUGUUUAAAUUUUAUUUCUGUUAAUAUUGCAUUGUUUUUCAUUAUUUAAAAUGGUCAGUUUUAAUGUCAAGUUUUGAAUUAAAUGUUUGUUUAGUGCUGUUUGUUGAAACACUGAAGUGCAUUCUUCUUUCAUGAAGCCAGUAACUGUAAAUGACAUUAAGCAUAGCUAGUCCAAAUAUGUCAAUUGUAGUACAUACAUGUACGCAAAAAAAAAUGUUUUGUCUCUUAUAGUAUAAACCCUCAGCGGCUGCCUCAAUUUGGAAGGUACUGCACUGUAGUUACUUUACACUGUACUUAAUUUAGCUUUGAUUAUUUUGUAAAAGGGGAUUGAGGACCUGUUACUUUUUGUUAACAUAGGAUAUGUAAAAUGCCAUUGCUAUGAGCUGAACUAGAAAUAAAUAUUUCAUUAAUAUA